AUGGGGUUGAGUUCGAGCUCUACCGAAAAACAAAGAGGUGGCUCACCGACCUUCAUCAUUUCUUCUUCUUCCUCUUCCCGCCGCCCUGCGAAUAUCCCUCUGAGAACCUUAUCGUCCCAACCCUCCCGGACGGACGAGCAUACGGCCUCUUUACUGGGCACCCACUCAGACGAAAAGCAGGGCCGCCGGUCUUCACUCUCGCGGUCCUCUUCGGAUUCAGACUUUGGAUCUUGGAGUGAUACUGGUGAUCUGGCAGAGCAGUUGGCAGACGAGGAUCCUUUGCACAUCCGAUUAAGAGCAUCCCUUGACGAGCAAGUGUUUGGAGCAUCAUCGAGACGACCGGCUCGGCAUAAGAAGGUCCACUACUCGGAAGAUAUCGACGACGGUCGAGAGAAAGGCCAGCGAUCUGGAGUCGUUAAAGAGGAGAUUGAGAUUCCUGCUUCCGCGGCGCGCCGUAUCAGCAAGGCCGAACACUGGAUUGCCGCAAUCAUGUCUGGAGGAGAAAGGCAGAUGCACGGCCUGACCGGCAAGCCAUUAGUAUAUUUCACGAGCAUAUUUGUAUCACUAGGUGUUUUCUUAUUUGGCUAUGAUCAGGGAGUCAUGUCGGGUAUAAUAACAGGUCCUUUUUUCAAAGACUAUUUCAACCAACCCACUCGGGGAGAGAUUGGUACAAUGGUUGCCAUACUUGAAGUUGGCGCUUUCAUGUCCUCUCUUGUAGUCGGGAGAGUCGGAGACAUUAUUGGACGACGGAAGACCAUUCUCUAUGGCUCUUGUAUCUUCUUCGUGGGAGGCGCCCUUCAAAGCUUUUCCACCGGCAUGCCAAUGAUGAUGUUGGGCAGAAUUAUUGCUGGGGUUGGAGUCGGCAUGUUGUCAACCAUCGUUCCAGUUUACCAAUCCGAAAUUUCUCCACCUCAUAAUCGUGGCAAGCUAGCAUGUAUUGAAUUCUCCGGCAACAUCACUGGAUAUGCAACAUCCGUUUGGGUCGAUUAUUUCUGCAGUUACAUCCAAAGCGACUAUUCGUGGAGAGUCCCUCUAUUGAUGCAAUGUGUGAUGGGUGCCUUACUUGGAGUCGGUAGCUUGAUCAUUGUGGAAUCACCUCGAUGGUUGUUGGACAACGAUCAUGACGAAGAAGGUAUUGUUGUCAUUGCCAACCUCUAUGGCGGUGGAGAUAUCCACAAUCCUAAAGCCAGAGAUGAAUACCGCGAAAUCAAGAUGGAUGUCCUCCUACAACGUCAAGAAGGUGAAAAAUCCUACAGAGAUAUGUUCCGCAGAUAUCGUACACGAGUAUUCAUUGCCAUGUCUGCUCAAGCUUUUGCCCAGCUCAACGGGAUCAACGUCAUUUCUUAUUACGCGCCCUACGUCUUUGAAUCGGCGGGCUGGAAGGGUCGUGAUGCAAUUCUGAUGACUGGUAUCAACGGUAUCACAUACCUGAUGUCCUCCGUACCGCCCUGGUAUCUCGUCGAUCGAUGGGGACGUAGAUUUAUUCUCCUCAGCGGUGCCGUGGCGAUGGUUCUGUCACUCUCUUCGAUUUCGUACUUCCUUUACCUAGAUAUCCGCUCGACGCCAACACUUGUUGUCAUCUUUGUUAUGAUUUACAACGCUGCAUUUGGAUACAGCUGGGGUCCAAUACCCUGGUUGUAUCCUCCAGAAAUUCUGCCUUUGAGCAUUCGUUCUAAGGGAGCUAGUUUGUCUACGGCUACUAACUGGGCAUUUAACUGGCUUGUUGGUGAGAUGACUCCUGUCCUACAAGUAUGGAUCACGUGGCGACUAUAUCUACUGCAUGCCUUUUUCUGCGCUACAAGUUUCGUUGUUGUUUAUUUCAUUUAUCCGGAAACCGCAGGUGUCAGAUUAGAGGAUAUGGACACGCUAUUCGGCGAUGCCACUACUGCGAUGCCGACUCCUAUCACCAGAGCCGAAACUGGAUCAUUACUAGGCGCAAGCUCUCCAGUACCUUCAAUGGAUCUCAGAAGAGGAGUAGGAGGCUUUGGCCGAUCGCCUGGAAUUUCCAGCGGUCUAGGACCCGCAAAUGCUAUUCCAGGUCUUGAUAUUGACCCUCCUCAUGUGGCAAUCCGGAACGGAAAACCGCAGUAUGCUGCUGACGAAGAAGGGGGUGAAGGUGUUGGAGGAUGGAUUUCGCGGAUGGUCACUCGAAACAAAGGUGACGGCGAUAGUGUGAAGAGUGGUUCAUACAAACCACUGGAUCAAGAGGAGGAGUAA